AUGUUGUACUUUCUCAUCUUCAGCUUCCUCUGUUUCCAAGCUCAUGGAGCCGACCGGAUCACGGCCAAUCAAUCUCUCUCCGGCGACCAAACGAUCGUGUCCGCCGGAGGAACCUUUGCAAUGGGUUUCUUCAGCCCAGGUAAUAAUUCCAACCAUUACAUAGGCAUAUGGUACAACCAAAUCCCUCUGCAAACCGUAGUCUGGGUCGCAAACCGAGAGACCCCGGUUUCGAAUCGGUUCUCAUCACAACUCCGAAUCUCCGACGGCAAUUUGGUCCUCUUUAACGAGAGAAACAUCCCGGUUUGGUCGAUCAUCUCAAACUCCACAUCAGCCGGAGUUGAAGCUGUGCUCCUCGACGAUGGGAAUCUUGUCCUAUCAGCAUCGACCCGGUCUGAUUCUAUCCGGUUGUGGGAGAGCUUCGACCACCCGGUUAACAAUUGGCUCCCUGGAGGCAGGCUCGGGUUCAACAAGAUCACAAAGCAGAACAGCGCCAUCACUUCAUGGAAGUCUGCCAACGACCCUUCUCCAGGCCCUUUCUCAGUCUCUCUCGACGUCAACGGGACGGAUCAGUACCUCAUCUUCUACAACUCCACGGACUUCUGGAGAAGCGGGCCAUGGGAUCCGGUCGGCCGGAUCUUCAGCUUGGUGCCAGAGCCAAAUGCCAACAUCUACAACUACUCCUUCGUCGACAACGACGUCGAGAGCUACGCCACUUACACGAUGAACAGCUCGGUCCUCGUGUCGCGGUUCGUGAUGGACGUAGGCGGGCAGAUUCAGCAGCUGUCUUGGAUCCUCGGGUCGAGUCAGGAAUGGACUCAGUACUGGACUCAGCCUCGAGUCCAGUGUGAGGUGUACGGAUACUGCGGCUCGUUCGGGAGCUGUACUCAGAGGUCCCAGCCUUUCUGUCGAUGCCUGCAAGGGUUUGUCCCGAAAUCCGAGGCCGAUUACGGCUCGAAUGUCUUCUAUGGCGGGUGCACGAGGCGAGCAGGGCUUGAAUGUAGUAGCAAUGGGAACAUCUCUAGUAGUGGCGAUGGAUUCUUGCCAUACUACGACAUGAAAUUGCCUAGCAAUCCACGAAUACAAGUGUCAGGAGCUGGAAAUGCAGGUGGGUGCAGGGGAUUUUGCUUGAAUAGGUGUUCAUGUACUGCUUACUCGUACGAUGACAGGAACAAUCAAUGUCUGGUGUGGUUUGGUGAAUUGCUCAAUUUGGAACAAGAUGUGUCUAGUGGAAGCACAAUCUUCGUCAGAGUUGCAGCUUCUGAAUUGCCGGGUUCCGACAGCCAUAAUGCUCUCGUGAUCGGAGGUGUCGUUGGUUCAGCUGUGGUGCUAGCUCUAGCUGCAGUCAUUGGUGUGGUAAUCUGGAGGAAGCGGCGAAUGAGGAAGCUGGGGGAGAAGUCAGUAGAAGGCUCGUUGAGGGCCUUCAGCUACAGAGAUCUGCAGAGUGCCACCAGGAAUUUCUCCGACAAAUUAGGCGAAGGAGGAUUUGGCUCUGUUUACAAAGGCGUGUUGUCGGAUUCAAUGGUGGCGGUGAAGAAACUGGAAGGGAUUAGACAAGGAGAGAAGCAAUUCAGGUCGGAGGUCAGCACGAUCGGGACGAUUCAGCACGUGAACCUUGUCCGACUCGUGGGGUUCUGCUCGGAAGGAGCACACAAGCUGCUGGUCUACGACCACAUGCCGAAUCGCUCACUCGAUUCCCAUCUUUUCAAUCAUCAGACCAACAAGGACACGAUGGAGGGUUCCGGGGUUCUGAGCUGGAAGACGAGGUACAACAUUGCGAUGGGGAUAGCGAGAGGGCUGACGUAUCUGCAUGAGAAGUGUCGGGACUGCAUCAUCCAUUGUGACGUGAAGCCGGAGAACAUACUUUUAGAUGCCUAUAUGUGUCCGAAGGUGGCGGAUUUCGGACUGGCGAAGCUGGUGGGGAGGGAUUUCAGCAGAGUGCUGACCACAAUGAGAGGGACGAGAGGGUACUUGGCUCCGGAGUGGAUCUCGGGGACUCCGGUGACUUCAAAGGUGGAUGUUUACAGCUACGGGAUGAUGCUGUUUGAGUUUGUUUCAGGGAGAAGGAACUUGGGGAGAUCAAAUGUCGACGGGGAGAUGAGAUUCUUCCCAUAUGAGGCGAUGACCGUGAUAAACGAAGGUGGUGAUGUGGUUGAAUUAUUGGAUCGUAGGCUGGGAAGGGAUGCAGAUCCUAAUGAGAUUCUAAGAGUGUGUAAGGUGGCAUGCUGGUGCAUUCAGGACGACGAGAGCCACCGGCCUAUGAUGAGUCAGGUGGUUCAGGUUCUAGAGGGAUUCCUGAAUGUGGGGAUGCCGACAAUCCCGAAAACUGUCAGCUUGCUUCUGGAUGAUGAAGAACAGGUUGAAUUUUUCACCAAGUCGACGCAAAAGCAGCAGUUGGAGGAAAGAGGUGGGAACUUGUCUUCUGAAUACCACUCAGCGGGUCAUUGA